AAAACGAUAUUGGAUAUAUUGGAUAUUGGAAUAUAUUGGAACUCAUUAACUUCAAGGUCCUCAAAGCGGCUAUCUUGAAGCUAACUUUACUUAUUUGGUUGGGUCACGUAUUCGUCUUACUGACACCAUGUCACCUCUACAUGAGUUCAUCCAAAAUUUCAAAAAGGUCCCACAUACCAUGAAAGAAAUGUUUUCUGCCAAUCCAAAAAGAUUUUCUGAAUUCAGUCAGGUUUUCACUCUUCCGGGUGGAACAAUUCUCCUUGACUAUUCAAAGAAUUUGAUUGAUACCAAUACUUUUAACCAGUUAAUUCAAUUGGCCAAGGAUAGUAAUGUAGAAAAAAUGCGGGAUGAUAUGAUGGAGGGGAAGAAAAUCAAUUUUACCGAGGAUAGAUCCGUUCUGCACAUUGCUUUACGAAAUCGCUCAAAUGUGCCAAUCAUGGUUGAUGGAAAAGACGUUAUGCCGGGAGUAAAUGCGGUCCUCGACCAUAUGUCCAAAUUUUGCAACUCUGUCAGAUCUGGCGAAUGGAAAGGAUACACAGGCAAGCCGAUUAAGGAUGUUGUCAACAUUGGUAUUGGAGGCUCAGAUCUAGGUCCCGUUAUGGUUACUGAAUGUUUAAGACCUUACGCUUCACAUAUCCGAGUACACUUUGUUUCAAACAUAGAUGGGACGCAUAUUGCAGAAACGUUGAAAAAAUUGGAUCCGGAGACAGCCUUGUUUAUCAUUGCCUCCAAGACUUUCACUACUAUUGAAACGAUGACGAAUGCCAAUUCUGCCAAACAGUGGUUCUUGGAACAUGCUAAAGAUGUAUCCCAUGUCGCCAAACAUUUUGUCGCCUUGUCGACUAAUACCAAAGACGUCCGAGCGUUCGGCAUAGCACCAGAAAAUAUGUUCGAGUUUUGGGAUUGGGUUGGCGGUCGUUACUCCUUAUGGUCAGCAAUCGGUCUGUCAAUAGCGCUUUACGUAGGCAUGGACAAUUUCAUUAAAUUGUUAGAAGGUGCACAUGCAAUGGAUAAACACUUUAAAGAAACGCCAUUGCAUAAAAAUAUUCCUGUCAUUCUAGCUGUAUUAGGCGUUCUCUACAUUAAUAUAUACGGUGCAGAGACUCAAGCAAUUCUACCCUAUGAUCAGUAUAUGUCACGUUUUCCUGCAUAUUUUCAACAAGGUGAUAUGGAAUCGAAUGGAAAAUUUGUUACACGGGAUUCUAAACAAGUGGAUUAUGCCACUGGACCUAUUGUAUGGGGUGAACCUGGGACAAAUGGUCAGCAUGCAUUCUAUCAACUUAUUCAUCAAGGCACUCGAAUUAUCCCUUGUGACUUUUUGAUACCAGUUGAUACGCAUAAUCCAGUACAGAAAGGAUUACAUCAUGAGAUACUGUUAUCAAACUUUUUGGCACAAACUGAAGCUUUAAUGGCUGGUAAAACUAAAGAGGAGGUUCAUAAAGAAUUAUUUGCCGCCGGUGUUACUGGUGAUAAACUUGAAUCACUUUCACUGCAUAAAAGUUUCAAAGGAAAUCGUCCAUCGAAUUCUAUUGUAUUUAGUAAAUUAACACCUGAAUUAUUGGGUGCAUUGAUUGCUAUGUAUGAGCAUAAAAUAUUUGUACAAGGAAUUAUAUGGAAUAUUAACUCAUUCGAUCAAUGGGGUGUGGAGUUGGGUAAAGUGUUGGCCAAACGUAUUCAGCCUGAGUUAACAUCAAACGAGACAAUCAGUAGUCAUGAUUCGUCAACAAAUGGAUUAAUCGCAUUCAUAAAGAACCAUCGGAAGUGAAAUAUGGACUGUUUGAUGAUGGUGAUAGUGCUUACAAAUCAAUCAGUCUUUUGUUUCUAUCUUGAUAAUCUCUGCUGGACUAUAUAUUUACCAACUUAUUUCUCUGAAUGUGUGCGUGCGUGCAUGCGUAUGUGUGUGUGUGUGAGGUUCUCUCACUUAUACUAUUAUUAUUAUUAUUAUUAUUAUUAUUAAUGCUUCCCUUUUCUUCUCCUCUCUGCUCAAAUCUUUCGUCACCAUGACACCAUGACUCACAUACACACACAAUCUUUAUUAUAAUGACACCACACCACCAAUGAAGAAUCAUAAAUACUUGAAACUGGCCUAAUUUCUAGUCCCUUGUCUAAUUCUUUUACUUCACUUAUUAAAAUAAAACAAUAAAGUAGUGAGUGAGUUAAUUAAUUAAUUCAAAAAAACAAAACUAUUUUUUAGUGAAUAUAGUUAAUUUAUUUAUUUAUUCAUGUGUGUUGUUUUUCCGUUACUCACAAGUAAUACAUAUAUACGUAUGUGUAUAUUC